GAUAUCUAUGUUCCAUAUCUUAUAAAUUGAGCGUAGUUCAGCGUCGCCGCCAUGUUGGUUGGGUCUCCUCGGAGUCGGUUAUUAUGCCUGUAUAUUGUGUCGCCGACUGUUGCACUAACCGGCGCGGUGUUGACACCAAAUCGCGUGGGAUUACUUUCCACAAGUAAGACUGCACAAUAAUUUAGGCUACUUAACUAUUCAUGAUAUUAUGUCAUCGUAACUACCGUUAUUUGGCUAUCAACGAAUUGUUAGCAACAGGAACUGUUUUCUUCUUCUUCACAUCUGGAAGGUUUCCCGGGGACACGGACUUGAGGAGGAAAUGGGAAAUUGCUACAAGAAGGGAGAAAGGUUUCGUUGCUUCGGAGUCCUCCAGACUCUGCAGUGAACACUUUAGAGCAGAGGACUUUGACCGGACGGGUCAGAUAGUUCGGCUCAGAGACGGUGUGACCCCAUCUGUCUUCAGCUUCCCAUCUCGACUCCGAAGAGUAGGUUUAUUUUAGACAAAUUAGACACAGAUGCCUCAUUCUUUACUGCUGGAGCGUAAUAAAGCGUCACCGCCAUUUUGGAUGGGUCUUCUUACUUUAGACUCGAAUCAGCCAAUCGGAAUAAACAGAAAACGAACCGAACCGCGAGAUGAUCGGGUAAAAAAUCGGGGUUGAAAUGACAGUAGUUGGGCAAACGUACCUUCAUCUGAAGAACUAAAUUCUUUAGGGGAACUUUGUGGACCCAUCCAAGAUGGCACCUGCUCUAACGUCAGCUCCAGUAUGCACUUUCAGUCUAUGAGGCUUUUUCCUAUGUUAUGUCUAUGUAUUUUUACUCUACAUGCCAACAGAAAUGUCCGAUUUAAAUGUAAAACAAAAGUUAAAGGGAUAUUCCGGUGUAAAAUUAUACCAACUUUAGUAAUGACCGCAGGAUAGCAAUACACAGCGGUCUGAGGAGCCAUAAACAAACCUCAACCAAAACGCCACUCUAUAGCCACAAAUAAUGCUCAGAACAGCACCUAACUUCAUCAACAGGACAUAUAGGGUCACAGACAUAGUACUAACUUUGAACACAACUCACCUACUCUCUUCCAGCAGACGCUUGUUUGUAGCGAGACCUCAGGCCAGUCUAUUACAGACUACAGCGGGGUGCCGCAGCUCAAGGAAGAACAUUUAUGAUCAUUUUUUCAUGGAAAUACAAUCAGACCGAGACGCUAAGACAGAAGAACUACUGCGUCUGUAAAAUGAUUAAUAUGGUGAUUAUUACUUCAAGGAAAUGAUAAAGAAAUUAUCAUAAAUGUUCUUCCUUGAGCGGCGGCACCCCACUCUAGUGUUACAGUGUGUUUGACCCUAAAUUAAUUUUACGCCGGAAUAUCCCUUAACACUCGUUGUUUACAAGUUUUAUCUUUCUUAUAUUUCAGCCUGUAGCAACAAGGAACACAAGAACUUCACGGAAAGCUGCGGAGAGCCUACCAGUGGACCUUUCUCAGCAGGUCCCUAAAAGUGGACCCCCGUCCAAUGAUGUGAGUGUCUGUAUCUGAUGUGUCCCACUCAGCUGUAGACAGAAUGGAAGUUUUCAUACAGUCUGGUUUUUACCAUUAUUUCUUUAUCUUACCUCAGCCUUUAGCAACAAGGAACACAGGAACUUCAACAAGAGCUGAAGGGAGCCGACCAGUGUACUUUUCUCAUGUCCUUAAAACUGGACCUCCGCCCAAUAAUGUAAGAGUCUGUCCCGUCCAGCUGUGAGCAUCACGGUCAUUUUAAAAUCUCUCCUUUGUCUCUGCAUCUCUUUUCUGACACACUCAUGUAAACACUUUUAUAUCAAAUAAAUACACACAUGCACAAACACUCUCUAUUCCUCAUACUCACGGUUCUGGCGGGGAUAUUACGGGUAUGAAAGGAUCUGUUUCUUUACAUCUAUGAUACAAACAUCUCCAUCCGUCUCUCUACUAGGACCACCCCUACGCACUGCCCGAUUCUCCCUCUCAUCUUAAGACCAGACUCAGUGAGGCGUUGGCGAGAGUGGAGAGUCUGGAGCGGGAGAGGCUGAACUUAAGGGCCCGAGAACGGAGAGCGAAGAAAACGAUAAAGAGUCUUCUGGAGGAUCUGAAGAAAAGAGACGCUGUGAUUGAAGAGCUGAAAGACAGGCUCGACUUCCACUCAGGUGAAACCACGUUGAAUUUAGUGAAAGUUUUAUUUCAGGGGAACUCACUGACUUGUUUGUCUGAACUGUAUUUCAGGUCUGGAGAUAGACCUCUUUUUAAAGCGGGGCCAUGAAUACACGCAGGACCAGAAAGAGUUCGCCCUCACGCUCUACCUCUAUGGUCCGAAGGCGUACAAUUUCCUGAGGGAUUCUCUGCACCUUCCUCUGCCACACCCACACACACUGCAAAGGUGUGGUUCAUGUUUUUUUAAUGACACUUUAAAACCUAAAAACUUCAGGGAACUGAUGUCGUGUUGUUCUCUCUUUUUUUGUAAAGGUGGAUGCAGUUAGAGAACGCUAACCCUGGGCCCGACACGGUGACGUUGGACAUGUUGGAGGAUGGACCUGAAGAAGAGCCUGACUCUGUGACCCUCAUGUUGGAGAGUAGACCUGAAGAAGAGCCGGACUCUGUGACCCUCAUGUUGCAGAGUAGACCUGAUGAAGAAGAGUCCGGCCCUGUGGUCCUCGUGUUGGAUAACAUGACCCUCGAUAAACCUGUCCAGUAUAAUCCUGAUACCCAGAAAAUGAGUGUGUGUGAGAGAGAGAGCGAGGGAGAGUGAAAUAAAUCUAAAUAAACAAUCAAA